AUGGUUUGGACCAGAACUAUUUGCAUUCUCUCUUCUACCUUCUUUUUUGUCCAUAUAGCAGCUGUAUCGAUUAAGCAUCUUUCUGAAGGAAAUGAAUAUGCAAAUUUUCCUGAACAGAAGGAUAUUUCAGAAAUCAAUGCAGCUGCAGGAUUGGACCUGUUUCAAGGGGACAUUGUCCUUCCAGAAUCUAGAAAUGCCCUGAGAGAUCCAACCACCAGGUGGACCUUCCCCAUUCCUUACAUCCUGGCUGAUAACCUGGCGUUAAAUGCCAAAGGAGCCAUUCUCUAUGCCUUUGAAAUGUUCCGCCUCAAGUCCUGUGUGGAUUUUAAGCCCUACGAAGGAGAAAGCACAUACAUCAUAUUUCAGCAGUUUAGUGGGUGCUGGUCUUAUGUUGGCGACCUUCAUGGGGGACAGAACCUUUCCAUUGGCCAGGGCUGUGACUAUAAGGCCAUCAUUGAACAUGAGAUCCUGCAUGCUUUGGGAUUUUACCAUGAGCAGUCCAGAAGUGACCGAGAUGAUUACGUCAACAUCUGGUGGGAUGAAAUUAUCCCAGGUUAUGAGCACAACUUUAACACCUAUGAUGAUAAUUACAUCACAGACCUCAACACACCCUAUGACUAUGAGUCUGUGAUGCAUUAUGCACCUUUAUCAUUUAAUGCAAAUGAAAAUGUUCCCACCAUUACGGCCAAGAUCCCUGAGUUUGAUUCCGUCAUUGGGCAACGUCUGGAUUUUAGUGAAAUUGAUUUAGAGAGGCUGAACCGAAUGUACAAUUGCACUACGACACACACCUUUUUGGAUCACUGUGAUUUUGAGAAAGCAAACAUUUGUGGGAUGAUCCAGGGUACCAGAGAUGAUGCUGACUGGGUCCAUGAGAACAGUGCUCUACCCGGACAAGCAGACCACACCUUUGGGGGACAGUGUACAGGUCGCGGCUACUUCAUGUACUUCAACACCAGCGUUGGGACAAUAGAAGAGGCAGCCCUACUGGAGUCUCGGAUUCUUUACCCAAAGAGGAACCAGCAGUGCCUGCAGUUUUUCUAUAAAAUGACAGGAAGCCCUUCAGACAGACUGGUUGUCUGGGUCAGGAGAGAUGACAGCACGGGCACCGUUCGCAAGCUAGUCAAGAUCGCAACCUUUCAAGGAGAUUCUGAUCAUAAUUGGAAAAUUGGUCAUGUAACACUCCAGGAAGACAAGAAGUUUCGCUACCUUUUUCAGGGCACAAGAGGUGACCCUCAGAACUCGCUUGGGGGAAUCUUCCUGGAUGACAUCACUCUGACAGAAACCCCGUGCCCUGCAGGUGUUUGGACAGUGCGGAAUUUCUCCCAGGUCCUCCAGGAAACUGUUCUGGGCGACAGAAUCCAGAGCCCUCGAUUUUACAAUUCAGAGGGAUAUGCCUUUGGGGUGUCCUUAUUCCCUCAUGGCAGGCUAACCUCCACAAGAACGGGAUAUGUGGGACUGACUUUCCAUUUGUGCAGUGGGGAAAAUGAUGCCAUCCUGGAGUGGCCAGUGGAAAACAGACAGGCAAUUAUGACCAUACUUGACCAAGAACCUGAUGUCAUGAAUAGGAUGUCAUCAAGCAUGGUUUUAACUACCUCCAGCCUCCAUACAUCUUCAGCAAUCAAUGGCUCUGUCAUCUGGGACAGGCCAUCCACUGUGGGCACCUAUGAUGCGCACUGUGAUUGUUAUAGAACCAUUGACUACGGCUGGAGCAGUGUAGUCUCGCACCAAAUGCUGAGAAGGAGGAGUUUCCUUAAGAAUGAUGACCUCAUUAUUCUUGUGAACUUUGAAGAUAUCACCCACCUUUCACAGACUGAAGUCAGCACUAGAGACAGAAGUGAGACCCCCCAAGGCCAUGCUCUUCAAAGCCAGGAGCAGCAGACACCAAGAGAAAGUUCAGAAACGGCCGAAUCCGAGGCAGUCCCCACUGGCAGUCUGAGCCAGGGGCAGCCUAGCCGACAGAAGCGGGCUGUGAAGAACAUGGGUCCUAUGGACGACCACAACUGGCCUCAGGACCUCAGUGACCCGUGUGACCCAAACCCCUGCCAAAAUGAAGGCAUCUGUGUGAAUGUGAAGGGCAUGGCAAGCUGCAGGUGCGUCUCUGGAAAUGCCCUCUUCUAUACGGGAGAGCACUGCCAGACCAUGCAGGUCCAUGGGAGUGUCAUGGGCCUGAUGUUCGGAGGCGUGGCUGGGACGAUCGUCUUGACAUUUGUCAUCCUGUCCAUCCUGUUCCAAAGAUCGAAGCACUGA